AACAGCAGGUGACUGAGCUUUAAAUAUUCCUGAAAAGAAAAUUCUCAAAAGCCUUACAUUUAUAUUAGUAAAAGAUAUUUUGAACCGAUCUACAGUUACUGAAGGUUGCGUUUGGUUCAGCUGACAGGAACUCAAUUCACAUAACGGAAGCAAAUGAUGACGACGAGAUGCUGCUCCCAGUUGUUGGGAAUAUUCCUGUUGUCGAUAACCCUGUUGAGUCUUGGGCUUGGCUCUGAAACUUGCGAUCAAGAUAAGUGUAAAGCGUACGUGCGUUGUGAAAAUCAUGACUACUGCCUUUGGAAUUGCAGCAAUGGUCAUUGUUUUAGUUGUGUGGAAUGCAGCAACAAGGAUUGUGAAGAACAAACUUGCAAGGCUGAUACAUGUGUUCUGAAAUGUAGCGGGUGUGAAAGACAGAAAUGCGAAGGCGAGGUGAAAGAAUGCAAAAUGCAUCUGGGAUGUAACGGAAGGGAUUGCCAACAGACUUGCAAGGCUAAAAACAAAUGUGAAAUGAAUUGUAGCUUGGGUGGGUGUAAAAUACAGAAAUGUGAGGGCGGGGUGAAAGAAUGCAAAAUGGAUCUGGGAUGUAACGGAAGGGAUUGUCAACAGACUUGCAAGGCUAAAAACAAAUGUGAAAUGAAUUGUAGCUGGGGUGGGUGUAAAAUACAGAAAUGCGAAGGCGGGGUGAAAGAAUGCAAAAUGCAUCUGAAAUGUAACGGAAAGGAUUGUCGACAGACUUGCAAGGCCAAAACAUGUAAUAUGGAAUGUAGCGGAGGCGGUUGUAAAGAACAGACAUGCGACACUGGAAAUGUGUGCAAUAUGCGCUGUAACGCUGAUAACUGUGCACAGACGUGCAAAGCUACCGCAUGUCGCAUGACUAGAACCUGGCCAAUCAUUUCUCAGGAUAAGCUUGUAUGCUCUGGAAAUGGUGAAUGUUGCGGAAGUUUUAUGUCGUCCUAUGACACAUCGCCUCUCAGUACGGUACUCUACCAAUCUUGUGAAAAACAAAAUAGCUGCACAUGCACCAAAUAUGCAAAUAACAUCUACAGCACUUCAAAUUUAUACACAUCGAAUAUCGUUACGUCUACCGGAAUUCCUCUUUUUGCAACUAAAACUUCAGCAGGGCAAGGAACAGAAGCUUGCACUCUGCGCCAAUCAUCGUCGCAAUCACCGUUAUCAAUAAUCUCACCAUUACCCUUGCCCUCACCAUCAUCACACUCCUCAUUAGCAGCAGAAGCAUCUUCAUCACCCGCAUCAAAAUAUUUAUUAUUAUCAAAGCUGGCAACAGCAAUAUCAGAAGCAGCAUCAUCGGCAACUGUAUUAUCAGUAUCAUCAUCAUCAUUAUCGUUAUCCGCACCGUCAGCAUCAGCGUCAUCACCAGUAGCAGCAGCCGAAACAUCAGCUGUUUCGUCGUCAUUAAUCCCAUCUCCAUCAUCAUCACUAUUGUUAGUAAUGAUGACGACAGCAGCAUCAUUGUCAACCUCUCCAUCGCCAAGGACAUCGUCAUCGACGUUGGCAGCGAUUAAGAAUCUGGUGAAUAAAUAUUUCUCUGAACUAGAUGGAAUAGAAAUUAGUGGAAUCAGUUCCAUGAUG